CAAAGUUUGAGUUGGCAACAGUGUUUUCGAAAAUAAAGACGAUGUGCCGGGGAUAUAUUUAAUUUUUGGUGUUCUUAUUGUUGUUGUAGGGGGAGAAUUUUGAUGUUUAAUAAUAGUAAUGUAUUUUUAUAUCUAAAAAUUUAGAAAGAUGUUUCGUAAUUUAUACAAGCAAAGUGGAAAAAUAAUAACCGAAUUACAAGAGGAGAGACGUAGAAAAUUAUUACAAGAGCAGAAACAGAAUCGUCUGCUUCUACAGGAUUUGAAACGUGGUAUAGAUUGUUGUGAUGACCACAACGAGGAAACAACAACAAUUAAAAAAAGGUCUAGGGCAUUGCAAGAUGCAGAUGGUUCCGAAUAUUCCUUGCAGUUAUCUGAAUGGUUACGAGAGAGUCCCGAGAAUAUAUGUGAUUGGAUUUUGGUACCAUGUCCAAAAGGGCAACGUUGUUUAGUUGUGACUUAUAGUGGACGCACUGAAAUGUUUACUAAGUCUGGCCGUCGGCGUAUGUAUUUUCAUAGUUUAUUGCCCGGUGGCAGUGGUGCCCGCGGAAGUAAAAUGAGCACAAUACUUGACUGUGUUUAUUCACCCGGCGAGGAUACAUUUUAUGUAUUGGAUGCAUUAGUUUAUGGCAAUCAUGAAUUGGUUCAUUGUGAAGCAGAGUUUCGUUUCUUUUGGUUGCGUUCAAAGUUCGAAGAGUGUCCUGAACUUUCUGUUUGUAAUACAUAUAAUAAAAAAUCAUUUAAAUUCCUGCCGCAUUAUGAUUUUGAAAAUGUUGCUGACGUUUCAGAAGCAUUCCAACGCUAUCCGUUUUGGGCAGAAAAUAUACCCCAGUUAGAUGGUUGGUUGUUUUAUCACAAAGAGUCUAGCUACACCUACGGUUCUACGCCACUAGUCGGUUGGCUUUUUGCGUUUAUGGUCCCCGAUAUACUUGGAAUUGAAGUAAACGAGAAUUACGAACGUCCGAUGAACUAUAGCAAUCCAAUAAUUUAUAUGGAUGAGUUCGAUGCCAAAUUAUCAACUACAAAACAUCGACAUUUAACUAAAAGCUCAUGUUCCAAAGAAAGUGAUACUUUUGACACGGUUGAAAUAGAUGAGGAGGAAAAUAUGGACGAAGGCGACAAUGCUGAAUUAUGUAAAGUGCUUAAUUCGCAACGCAAAUUAGAAAUCGGAGAACAAUGUUACCGCCUUCAUGUCUGCGAAGAAGAAUUGCUUUAAUAGCAAUUUAUUAAAAUAUAUGCUUGAUGUUUUGUAUAUAUUUAUAUAACUAAGACAAAAAGUUGUUUUGGACAGGGAUGAAAUGCUGUUUGCUUGCAACUGCGCAGUGGCUCUGAUAUGUGAUUUGUAUAUGUAAAAAAAGUGAGAGAAACCUGGUUAGCAAGGCAAAAAACGUAGAAUAUCGAUACAGAACUUUCAUAUUUCUAAUACCUUGUUAGUAUUGAUAUAAAGUUCCAUCAGUAAUGUAAAAUUUACAUCUUAAGUUCCAUAAUAUUACGAGAAAUAAAAAGUAAGCGGACAUGGUAAUUCAACGCAGUUGGAAAAUUUUAAGCGAUGCUGGGUCGUCUUCCGCUUCUUCAACGGAGGCUAAUAGGUCACCUGGUGGCAUGCAAUCCUCUUCUGAUGACUCCAACUGUUCCAAUCAAACUACACACUCGAUGGUCACAAGCAUAGCGAGUCCUCCAACCAUAAAAUUGGAAGGCCAAGCGACACAACAAGCAGUACAACAAUCGAUCGCGCCAACAUUGACAGGCGUUAACAGCGCCAGUGCUAUGAAUAUAUCCAACAUGAUGUCAAAUGACACCACGAAAUAUGUGACCACACCUCACAUGGCUGAAACAAUGUUACAAAGGUUGAGACAACGUUUGAGCUGUCCUGUACAAGUUAGCGGCACAGGAGCAACUGCUGAAUCAGCGGUGCGUUCUCUGGAAUUGCUACGUAUUAGUAUUCAACAGUCUUUUGACCAUGAAAUAGAUGUCGUAAUUAAACAUUAUAUGGAGACGUAUUUUAAACCCGCAUUUAAGAACAUAAAGGAGAAUUUAGGUCAAAACGUUGUCUCAGAAGAGAUUCUUCAAAAGAUGUCUUGUGCUUUACUGGAGAACGCUAAAGCACAGUAUAAUCCAUACCGUACUUUAAAACAGCCGCUUGCCUGUGUUUCUGUUAGUAGCAAAAAUAUUACACCACAAUAUCCUGUUGGAGAGACAACCAGCUUGCGUUUCGCAGUGCGACGUCCACCACCUAAACAUGUGGAAUUUAGUGAACUACCCACAAAGAAGCUACUAACAGUCGCUUCACAACAACAGCUACAGACAAUCAACCAAAGUGCUGAAUCUAAUACAACAGAGGGUACAGGAAAUGUAAAAACUAUUCUUAAUUCAUCUUCAAAUCAACAGAGACAAAUACAGACACCGGGUUCGUUUACUGUUUCCGCUGCACCUGUGCGAAGACAAAUUUUUUGGAAUACAGCACAUAUCUCCGUAACAACUAAAUUUGUGUUAGAUGUACAGGCUAACCAAGCUUUUGGUUUUGGCACGGAUGGUAAAGAGCGUUUGGCAAGUAAGCACCCAGAACUAAUACGCUACUUGCCCGAUAAUGAAGAUCGCGAUUGGUUAAGUUCUCAAAACGUUAUAGCGCCGCAAAAUCGUAAUUCACGGUUUCUAUUUUUAAUAUACGAAGAAGUGUGCCGAUUAAAACAAACUCAUGAAUUAUAUCGGGCAAAAACUAAUAUUGAUAUCAGUAUUAUGAAUACGUUUACGGUGCCCGAAUUUAUGAUUCAAAAGAUGAAACUUUUCUUUGUGGACUUAAACAUAAAGAGCCGCGGUUUGAUUACAAACUCCUUUUCGGUUGGCGUCGGCACACAGGGCAAUAGUCACUUACGAAAUGCUCUGCUACAAGGUAUUGCCGCACAGAACAACAAUAGCGGUGGAUGCAGUAUUAAAACAAUGAGCUCAUCCAACACAGUAAGCCCAGUUUCGCCGAUUAACACUUUCAUCAAAAACAAUAAGAGUAAUGCUAAUGUUGGAAGUAGCAAUAUAGCCACCAGUUCCAGUGAUGCAAAUCCACUUGCAAAACCCAGCACGUUAAGCUCAUCGCAUGCAACACUCACAGCUUUGCUCAAUAACUCGUCUAAUCCGCCUUCCCAAGACAAAAAUGUCACAGCUAAUACACGCAAAUAAAUAUCAGAUCUGUUUACAAUAGUUUUUUAAGGGCACAAUAGAGCAUAGGUCGCGAUGCAUACCAUUAAUCUAAUCUAUCUACAAUAGUUUUGUAGUUAUACUGACCACAAAUCUGAAGUACAUAUACAUAUUUCAUGUAAUAAAUAGUGUGUUAAAAGAACAGUUA